AUGCAAGAUCAAAAAUCAUCAUUUGAAAAUAAUUUCGAGCAAGAUAAUAUUCAUGCUGCUAUACGUGAUGGUUUAACAUCAUUUCGUGAUGCAUUUAAUGUAACAUGUCGUUCAUCAAAUCAACCAUAUAAUCAAUGCGGUCAAUGUAAAGCAUGUCAAGUUGAUGCUCAUAUUCAUGCAGCUAAAGAAUGGUGGUUACAAACAGGUGAUCUUAUGAAACGACGUUUUCUUCUUGCUUUAAUCAAUCGUCUUAAACCUGAUAUACUCAAUCAUUUAGCACAAAUUCUUAAACCAUUUGUCGAUGCAAAAGAUUAUACGUAUACAAGAAAUAAAUUUGAUACAAGUGCACGAUCAUCAAUGGAUAAUACAAAUAUGAAUGAUGAUAGUGAUCCAAUAAAAAGGCAAGAAGAAGCCACAAAACUUAUUGUAUGGUUUAAUCAUGAAGAUAAAUAUUCUCAAGGUUCAUUUAUAUUAACUAUACUUCAAUGGUGCGAGAGUUAUUUAAUUUUUACCAUAGCAUUGAAUAUAUUGUCAUUACAAGAUAUGGAUUCCGAAGAUGAUGAUCGCCGAAGUGAUCUAAAUAAUAAUAGUCGUUUAAGACUUUCAUCUGCAUUAAGUAUUCCAUCUUCUUCUUUCUCAAUAUUACCACCUUCAGUGCCUAUUCUUAAACGUCCAAAAACAACAUCUUCAUCAUCAAUGCGUCAAAAAAGUACUGUUUCAUUUGCAUCUUCGACAAUGAAUGCUAUUGAUUCUGAUAAUGAACAACCAGCACCAUCAAAACGUUCACCAAAAUAUAAAGAUUUUAUAAGACAAUUACCAAUUUAUUUAGCUAAAUUAAUUUUAUGUAUGCUUGAUACGAAAUCUCUUGAUAAAUGUAAACUUGUUUCAAUUUGUUGGAAAAAAAUGGCCAUGGAAGUUGAAGAUGAAACAACAAUGACUAAAAUGCUUUAUGAUGAUAUGAUGCUUUUACAGGGUUCUGCUGCUUUACAAUGUAAUCCAUAUUUUGCUCGUGAUACACUUGUACCUGUUCCGGAUUUAUUUCGACUUAAUGAAAAUGAAAGAACAUCAGCAAGAAAAAAGAGACCCGAUGAUAAAAAUGUUUCAACAUGGAAUAAAAUUUAUGAAGCUAAUUCUAUGCCUACACGUUUAGUUUUAAUGGAAGAACGAAAUGUUUAUUGUGGUCCAUAUAAUGUACUUUUACUUAAAGAUGAUUCUGACCGUCGUCGUAUUGUACAUAUGAGUGGUGAAAGUGUUGUAGCUAUAACAUCACGUGAUGGUCGAGUUCGACUUAUUGAUAUGCAAUCGGCACAAGAACGACCAAUGGUUUUAGUUGGACAUGCUGCUUCUGUUCAUUGUAUUGUUGUACAAGAGAAAACAGGUCGUUGUACUAAAUUAUAUCAUGGACAUGAACGAACAGUAACUUGUUUAGCUGUUUUUCUUGAUUUAAUUGCUGCUGGUGGCAAUGAUAAUCUUUGUUUGAUAUGGAGAUAUAAACAUAAUCGACCAUGGAGAAUAUUUAAACAUAAACAUCCUGUGUCAGCUGUUGCUAUUAGUGAUGAUACGACAUUAUCAGGUGAUAUUCAAGGAAAAAUAAAAGUUUGGCAUAAUCUAAGUGGAGCACUUAUUAAAUCUAUCAAACAUCGUUUAGCAAUUACGGAUGUUAAAUUUGAUAAAUGGCAUAUAGCAUCAUCAUCGCAUGAUAAUUAUGCUAGCGUAUGGACAGCACAAGGACCAUUAAAUAAACCUUUAUGUACAUUUCGUCAUCCAAAAGAAGUUUUAUGCAUUGAAUUUCUUUAUCUUCGAAUAUUAACUGGUUGUGCUGACGGUAAAAUACGUAUUUGGAGUGUACUUAGUGGAUUUUGUUUACGUGUUAUGCGUGGUAAUAGUGUUUCUGAUCCAGUUACUAGUCUUACAGCAACAUCAAAUAGAAUUCUUGUUAAUACACAAAGUAGUUUAUUAUUAAUGAAUUUCGAACCAGUUAAAUUUGAUUACACACUCGAAGACGAUGCAGCACCAGUAACAAAAACACCUACACCACCAAUAUUAUCAGCAUCAGCAGCUAAACGUAAAAGUCUAAGUAUUAAACGAAGACAAACAUCAGCAUCAAAAGCCAUACAAAAGAAUGGAUCAAUAGAUGAGAAAAAAAAAGAAAUGACAGUUUUAUUUGAUAAUGAAAAUAUUGGACUUAAUCUAACAUUAGAACAAACUAAAGAAUUAUUAAAAAGACAAAUGCGUGGUGGUGUUGAUGAAAAACGAAAAUUAGUACCAGAAGAAUUUCGUAUUAUUGAACAAUCACCAUUUUAUAGAGCAGAUAAAAGUAAAGAUGAUACUGUUUAUGCUGAACAUCGUCCUGUUCCAUUAAUACUCAUCGAUCGUCCACCGUCAUCACCAAGUCGAUUUGAUUUAAAAACACGUAUAUUUCGUUCACAAUCUCAACGGCAUGUUUGUCCACCAACAGAAUCAGUUCAAACUGAUUCAAAAUCUCCAAGGAGUCUGUUUGAAGUAGUUCAUCGUCCACCAUCACAAAAUCAUAAUCAAUUAAAUAGGCAAAAUACAGACUUAUCAUCAACUUUCAAAUCAUCUUCUUUCAAAGAAGAUAAAAAUCAACCACAACAACAAUUUAAUAAGCCAAAACUAUCAAGACCACAAACAGUUCCAACAACAUAUGAAGUUAAACGAGGAGGUAAAGUUUAUAAAGUUGUCGUUGGUUAUGUGAGUCCAUUUACAAGUCCAUUACAACGCCAAGAAUUACAUUUAAAAACUGAUGGAGAAGUUGAUUUAGUCAUUCAACAAAUAAAACAACAACAAGAACAACAACGAGCAAGUAAACCACACGUAUGGCUUGGAUUACCACCAUCAUCAACAUUAAAAUAA